GAUCGGUGUUAGGAGUUUACAUCGAAUGAUAUUUUCAAAAUGGCUGCCUCCAUGGAAAGCAUUAAUCGUCUGCUAGCGUCAGGGCAGUACAGGCCUUUGUUGGCUUUACUGAAAGGAUUCAGAAAUGGAGUUGUAUAUGGCGCCAAAGUCAGAUUUCCACAUGCCCUUGUCAUGACAUUUCUUUUCAAGGGAGGAAGACUGCAUGAUCAGUUCCGGUCCAUACUAGAGGCAACGUUCACACAUUCGAGGAACCUGGGCCUGUUUGUGUUGGGUUACAAGACACUGACCACUGGCAUGAAGUGGGUGGAGACACAGAAAUCACAGCACCACUCCUUCAUAUCGGCCUUUAUCAUUGGAUACCUGGUGUUUGGCAGAUAUAACAAAGUCAACGAACAAAUCAACCUCUACCUGUUGUCCAGAAUUCUGUACGGCCUGUUGAAGCUGGCAGUGAAGCGAGGCUACAUCCCCAAGCCUAAGAAGGAUCCCUUCCCCAUUUUUGCUGCAGUUGUGUGGGGAAUAGUACUUUGGUUGUUUGAGUAUGAGAGAGACACUCUCCAGCCUUCUUUAAAGUCAUCCAUGACAUAUCUGUAUGAUGAUAGCAACAAGUGGCGGGACUUCCGAGACUUCCUUCUAUAUAAUAAUGAUAAAGCAUGGUAGAGUUUCUUCACUAGAUAUAUGCUGCACUAUACUUGCUAGGGAUAUCAGCUGGAAAAAUAGUUUGGAUUUUUACGUUGGAGUGAGUGAUUAUGAUUUUACGCCAGCUUCCAGCAAUUUGACCUCAGGGAACACUAGAACUGUGGGGAAUUGAACCUGGGUCUUCUGUGUGAUGAGUGGAUGCUUUAACCACUAGACUACCUCACUGCUCCCUUUUACAUUGGAAAGGAUUAAGGCAAUUAAAAUGUGGAUUUGUUGCCCAAAUGUCUACAUACACUUGACAGUGCUGGCCACUUCAUUCAUCAAUCAAAUGCAGUUUAAUAUGGGAGUUAAUAUACUUGCUGUAAGAUGUGACUUAAUGGAUUGGUUGGACAGCCUUUGUGACUUGUUUGAUGGCAUGUCAUCUGGUGGUGUGGAUCUUCAUUCACACUAUCAAUCACUGGAUUUACCUGUGUACCUGUGAAGAUCCGGGUUAGAAUUGAUCGUCAGCAACCCAUGCUUGUCAUAAGAAGCAAGUAACACAGGAUAGGCUGGUCAGGCUU